AUUUUUGAAAAAGAUUUCGAGAGUACCCUGAAAAACAAUUCUUGUGUGGCCACUCCAAAUGAUGAAAAUGUACUAUUUUCAUAAUUAAAGGGUGAUUGUUGUAAUUAUAAUUCCCAUAAUACAACUUCCUUCUUUCUUUUUGGUAAUGACAGUAGUCUCCAUCCAUGUUUGAUGGUUGGUGGCAAUGGAGUUGCCGAAUCACAGUGAGCUAUCCCCACGCCUUUUAGGGUUUCUGGAUCACCAUUUCACCCCCACUCUCCACCACAAUCUAUGUUCAUCAUCAUCGGUAUUUUCAUUGUUAUUACCAUACAAUACAGCUUGCGAUCUCGAGGCGAAUUUGAGCACAGAGUGUGCUCAAUUAGAUGCUCAUCUCCAACACCUACACCAAAACCUAGCCAAACUCAUAAUCUCAUGGAUUUCUCGAUCAAUUGCAGCAAAAUCCACUCUCCACAAGCUCAAUCUAACAACAAUGUCCCCAUAUGGGAUUCAGAAUCAGAAGAUGCUGACCCAGGAUUUGCCUCAGCUUGCAAUGGAAUUGAACCGACUUGAAAAUAUUCGCAGUUAUGCUGAUACCACUCUACAGUUAGAAGCAAUGGUUGGAGAUCUUGAAGAUGCAGUUUUAUCUGUUGUGAAUAAAAAAAGGGGAAGUGUACUCGCUGCAAAUUGCUCAAAUCCAUCAGUUUCAACAGACCAAGGAUCAAGGGAAGAAAAGUUCUUUCAAGCUGUAAGAUCCAUGAAUUGUAUUGAGGAUUUGUUGGUCAGUCCUGUGAAGUUCCGACCUCAGUGGUGCCAUCUUAUGAAAUCUGUGGAUUCUAGAGUAGACAAAACAUUGACUUUGCUCCGGCGACAAGUUAUUGCAGAUCACCGAGCUCUUCUUUCAACUCUAGGGUGGCCACCAAAAGUUUUUACAUCAAAAAUAGAAAGUGGGAAGAUCUCUAUCCUUCCAAAUCCAUUGGUUCUGAUGCAAGUAGAUAAACAGAAGGCCUAUUCUGAGAGUUUUCUAGAACUUUGUGCUCUGCAGCAUUUGCAGACACGGAGGGAAAAGCGACAGCUUGGGCUUUUGGGAAAAAAGAAGCUGAAUACAGGGCUUUGGGCCAUUGAUGAACUGGCUUCUCCUAUUGCAUCACGGUCAGAAUAUCACUUCUCGAAAUGGGUUGAUCAGCCCGAGUUUAUCUUCUCUCUUGUGUCCAAGAUUACCAAAGAUUUUAUUGGCGGAGUUGAUGAUGUUUUACAGCCUCUUAUUGAUAGAGCAAAACUGGUGAGCUUGAGUGCUAAAGAAGCUUGGAUAUCUGUAAUGGUCCAAGCACUUUCUUCAUUUUUAGCAAAGCGAGUUUUCUGUGUUCUUGUCAAAAGAUACAAAGAGAAAAAGGAAAAGUCGGAGAUGAUUUCUUCAUGGCUUCAUUUAAUCGACCUUAUGGUUAAUUUUGACAAACAGAUGAUGUCACUUGUAAGUUCAGAAGCUUAUCUCUUCACGGAGGACUCUGAAAUGCUUGAAGGAUCGUCAAGAGGCUUAUCUGUGUUUUCAUUAUUUUCUGAUAGGCCUGAUUGGCUCAAAAUUUGGUCCAAAAUAGAGCUCAAGGUUGGGAGAAUGAAACUAAAAGAAGAAUCAAAGCAUGAGAGGGCUUGGUUGGCUGACACGAAAAAAGAAAUUGGAUCUGCUGUUGACACAACGACCGAGCGGUUUCUUCUUUAUACUAGGGAAGAUCAUAAAGCCCCCUUGAUUGUAGAAUCUGCGCUCAAACUUGCUUGGGAAAUGAUUGAACGCUGCAAAACUUUACCAGGCAUUUUGGCAAGGGCCCAAUUCAUCAGAUCAACUGCAGCUAAACUCCUCUUGUACCUUUUAAAAUUACUGUUUUUGCAGUACAAGGGAGUUGAAUUCCUUUCUACUGACUGCAAUGAUGGCUCCUUGCUGAAACUAUGUGCGGUGAUCAAUGGUGCUCGAUACUGUGAAUCUAAACUACAAGAAUGGAGCGACGAUGUCGAUUUUCUGGAGAUGAGAAUUGCUGAAAUUGAUAAAAACAUCUCUGUAAAAGAUGAUAUGAAUGAUAAUUCUCUCUUCUUUGGAGAAGAAAUAAAGAGCUUGGCCGAUCUGGAGACGCAUUUGCUAAUGGAAAUAAUUGCUGAUCUUCUUCAUCAAUUUGAGACUCUUACUGAGGAGUAUGCCCAAAAUAAGGACUGCUUUGAGCAAGAGGAAGAAGAUGAUGGCCUACAUAGAGCCUCAAAAGUCAUGGAUUUUUCUGUAUCUGUUGACAUUCUUGAAGCAUUGGAUACUUUGAGAAGUCAGCUUUGUAUCAUUAAUGCGAGUCUCAAUCCAAAGGACUUCUCAGAUUUGUGGAGAAGCGCCGCAGAUGGGCUAGACCGUUUUAUUUUUGGCAGCAUAUUCACAAGUGACUAUAGAUUCUCUGAGAAGGGUACCAGUCAGUUUGGAGCUGAUAUGCGAGCAUUGUUUGUUGUUUUUCAGCCAUUUUGUACUAAGCCUGAAGCAUUCUUUCCCUUUGUCAGAAAUUCUCUGAAAUUGUUAGAAAUGGAUAGGCGAGAUUUAGGGCAUUUGAAUUUUUGUAGUGUUACGCACUUGUCUUUUGAUCAAGCUGAAAAGAUUUUGAGGAAUAGGAAAUUUUGAAUUGCAUCUAGAGAGUUGAGAAAUGAGAAUUGAUUAUAUGUUUUUGAACUUUCA